AUGUCGACGGAGGGCAGCCAGCCGACACCGACGUCUGAAGAUGACCAACAGCCCGGAGCCGCGCGGGCGGCGGCCACGCACCCCGCGCCACCGGCGCGCCACAUCAGCCUCAACAGCAACGAGCCGCUGGUGAAGCUCGUCUCGGCCAUUGAGCGGGUCUGCAUCUCCUACCUAAACGACAAGAACUGCGCGCCGUCGACGGAGUACUACAGGGGCGCUUGCCGCAAGAUGGUGCACGGCUUCGUCGACUUCGAGAUGGUCAGCCUGCCGACGAUCGAAUUCUUGAAGAAGAAUCUGACAAACUACUCGGAGGACCCGCUGCACUCGAUCGACUUCAACUGGAGCAUGUUCGCAAUUGCGAUCGUCGCCUCGGUGCUGGUGUCGGCUCUGAUGUUGACGCAUAUUCGGAUUAUUGCCUGCGUCGCCAUGGUGUUGCAAGGCUUGGCGCUGAUGCUGUUGGUGUUGCUCACGCAAUUGGCACGCAGUGGACUGCCGGAACAGUGGAACAAGCAGCAGCACGGGUCCCAUUUUGACAUCCGGAGCCCCGAGCGACUGUUGAAAAUUGAUACCUGGCGCUACGCCCUGAUCAUGUGCCUCCGGUCCCAAGCGCUCGGCCAGGGGGUCAUACCGGCCAUCGGAGUCUAUGCUCCGUCGAGGAGGAAUAUCCUAAAGUGGAUCAUCAUGGCGGCCCUCGGCGAUCUCCUCUCGUCCCUAAUUUACACCUACUAUUUUGAUGGUCUCCUGAUCAUGUUCUCGGAGCGCACGAUCGAGAUGGUCAGCCCGCACGACUUUCUGAAGGACGACAUCUCCAUGCUGUUCGGCCUCCCCAUGCAGUCCCUCUCCUACUACGGCGAGCCGAAAUACGUACGGAUCCACGCACUCCUCAUCUGCGUGCUGAUGUUCAACAGCUUGAUCAGCAUCGCCAUCUCCCAGCACCAAUUCCUGCGCUCGUUCUUCCCAUUUGAGCGCCGGGCAUUCAACGGCUUGCUGACGGCCGGCUGCCUGAUCAUCACCUCGAUCCCGUUCCUAUAUGCGAAUUUCGAGGUGGCGGUGAAGAUCUACCUGUCGUCACGCCUUCAGCUGGCCGUCGUCGGCGUCAUGUUGACGGCGGUGAUGAUGAUCGCGUGCUAUGGAAUGGAGCAGUGCUGGUUCGACCACACGCGCCUGAUGGAACCCCUGACGCGCUCGUCGCAAAAGUGGCGCAAGCUGUGCCGUCGUCUCCUUGGCCUCUACCAACACGCCGUGCCCGUCGCCAGCUUCCUCAUCAUCGCCUCGGUGUUCCAGUUUGGAGGCGAUGGACCCCAGUUUGACCUUUUGAUGUUCGCCUCCAUCGCGUCGUUCAUCAUCUUCCCCGGCUGGUAUCUCUACAUGGGCUGGUGGAACGAGCUGAUGACGGUCCAGCCGGGGCUGCCCUCCUACAAGUUGCUGCGCGUGCCACUGAUUCGC